CCUCUCAGCAGUCAAGUCGAGGGGGAUGUGAAGGAGGAGAUCCUGCAGCCUCCAGAGCCCCGCCCCGUGCCCCCUAUCCUCACCCCGUCUCCCCCCUCCGCCUUCCCCACGGUGACCCAAGUCCGCCAGGACAACGACCGCUACCACCCCAAACCUGUCAUCCACGUCCUGGCCCAGGCCCAGCAGAACCACAACCCCCACAAUGCACAGGGGCCCGACCUCAACGAGAACUACAACAAAUCGGGCUCAGACAGCCUCCAAGCGCCCGAGAAGCCCCCCUUGACCCCGUCCUCCCCCUCGCCGGGCGACGGGGGAGAGAAGCGUCUGGAGAGGAAGCUGAGCAUCGAGAUCAAGAAGGUUCCACUGCAGGAAGGCCCUCGGAGCUUCGACGGAGGCAACCUUCUGCAGCGUAGCCACGCCUUCAAGGCCCGCCCCUCCAACAGCGUCUCCUUUUCCGAGGACUCGGGGGCGGGGGAGAAUCUACCUGGGGGGCAGAGCCAGUCCGGGGGGAGGGGCAGCCCCGUCCCCCUCCGGCCCAAUCACCUGGCCCUGAAGGGGGAGAAGGCGGGGCAUGCCACUUGGGCCACGCCCCCCGGUCUAGAGAAGAGUCCGACCACACCUGAAAAGAACCGUGUGCGAGACCCCGCCCCCCAGACCUGUGGCUCCGCCCCCGUCAGGACUGCUCUGAGCUUCACCAAUCCCCUCCACUCAGACAACUCCGACGCGGAAGGGGAGGGCGAGGCCAAGGGUUUGAGAAACACUGCCCCCACUCCCACCUCAUGUAGUGUCUCUACGGCGACGGCAACGGUUUCCAAGGCGCCACAUCAUAGCGACCAGAUGCCCAGCAGGAAGGUGUGGCCGAUGUCCAUCGCCGGGCAGAACGUCUCCAAGACGCCGUCGCCAACGGUAACGCAAUCAGACAGUGACGAGGAAUCCCCUCCCCCCCUCCCUGAGAGAACCCCUGAGUCCUUCAUACUGGCCACAGACCCAACAGAGGUGAGGUUAUUGGGGGCUGUGGAGCGGAGUGAUGCAGGGGAGAGGGCUGGACCAGGACCAGGGCCAGGGCCAGGAGCUAGCAUGGGGUCUCCUCUUAGAUCACAGAAAGACAUGUCCGGAGAGAGACGGGACAGUAAGAGCGUGUCUGACACCGCGGGCAGGGUGGCCCUGUCUGGCCCCGUCACCUCUGGGGUCACAGCAGCAGAGAGCAAGGCCACAGAGACGGGGUUCGGUAGGCGAUCCACACAACCCAAAGGCCCCAGGGAGCCCCCCUCGAAGUGGACAUGACGACCCCCCCAUCCCUCCUCUCCUCACAUGCUAAAACCUCAAAGCCCCACUCUCCCCCCUCACCUACACGCUCCUUUAAGUGCCACUGUAUCCCAGGGAGGAGGCCACUGAAUGCUGUUCCAUCCUUUCAUCGACUCUCCCUCCUUCCUCCUGAACUGCCACCCAUCUGCAGAGCAACAUGCUUGAACUACCCAGGGUGCAGCGCUCCACCGGUGCGCUGUACUCUCGCUGGUUGCCAGGGGCUCUCUCUCUGUGUCUGUGUGUGUGCUGGUGCUAUUCUUCUAAUCGCCGUAGAAACAGAACUCUUGGAGCGGACUGUUCCAGUUAUGCAUCACUACCAAGUCGGCAAUGUUGGAUGUUCCUGCCUAGUCCCCUUGGUUCCUAUUGGAGUCGUUUGUGUUUCUCUCCUUCUUUGCUGGGACCAUGUACCUGCCUUAUCCUUCAGGAGAAAGA